GCUCCAUUCGUCGUACCUAUUGGAUAUCGGGGCGGCGCUCCCGUUCGACGAGGGUAUUGACUUGGCGUCUGGCAGCGAUGUCUCCAUUCGCCUGCCAGCGGAUUUUCAGAAAUUCGACUACAUUCUGGCGCAGCGUGAUGCAGACGAUAUACAAAUUUCUCGUGACGCACGGCAGAAGAAUCUCUGGCACACUACUCAGCUCUCCUCGCCAUCACUGUCAGACUACCAGUUGCUAUGGUGAGAUCCCGAACGCUCACACACCCUCGCUUCCGAUUCGUAGGCCUUUCUCUGCUGUCGAAAUCGACGAUGCGUAACAAGCGGACUCCCUCCCCUCUCCUCACACACAAUUUCACAACGUACUCUUGGGAUUUCUGGAACGAGCCUCCGGGUCCCUUCAUUUCCUACCCCUCCACCCCCUUCAAACGCGGCCCCCUCUCUGGAUACCGGUUUAGCGAUUUGGACGAGAGAGGGAUCGAGCGUCUCCCGCUACACAUUGUCGAUGCAGGCGGAAUAACGGGACCCAAUUUCGAAGACUUAUUACUAGGGAAUUCCCCCGAGGAGCAGUUCACCGUGGUUAUGUUGACGUACCAGAGGAACAAGGUGCUGAUGGAGGCACUGGGGAGACUGGAUGAUGUGGCGUUUCUCAAUAAGGUAGUGGUUGUGUGGAACAACCCAGAAACUCCACCGGGUGAUUUGGAAUGGCCCGACAUCGGAGUGCCCAAUGAGGUUGUUCGUGGCAAAGGCAACAGUCUCAACAAUAGAUUUCUGCCAUUCAAAGAAAUAGAGACUGAGGCUGUCUUGUCUAUCGAUGACGAUGUGCAUCUCCGACCAGAUGAGAUACAAUUUGCCUUCAGAGUAUGGCGUGAAGCUAGGGACAGGAUCGUGGGGUUCCCAGGUCGUUUCCAUGCCUACGACCUCAAACACGAGACCUGGUUGUACAACUCUAACUAUACGUGUGAGCUGUCAAUGGUUCUGACAGGAGCUGCCUUCUUCCACAAGAUCUAUUCCUACCUGUACUCUAGCUGGAUGCCUCAGGAGGUGAGGGACAUGGUGGACCAGUACAUGAACUGCGAAGACAUUGCCAUGAAUUUUCUCGUCUCACACGUCACCAGGAAACCUCCCCUCAAGGUGACAUCUCGUUGGACAUUCCGUUGCCCCGGUUGCCCGGAUACGCUCUCCACGGACGACACUCAUUUCCAGGAACGUCACGUGUGCAUGAAGCAGCUCACCGGUAUCUAUGGUUACAUGCCCCUCCUCUACACACAGUUCAGAGUCGACUCGGUGCUUUUCAAGACCCGUCUCCCUAGCAACCUUCAAAAAUGCUAUCAAUUCAUCUAGAAUAAAUAUUUUAUAUUUUUUCAGUUUGGCUGUUGUUUGUCUUAUGUGUGUGUGUUAUGUUUUCAUGUAUUUUUGUAAAAGAUUCAUGCUCUAUGAAGUAAAAUUUCAUGAUGUGAAAGUAAGCGGA